AUGCUGUCCUUUAAGUUCCUAUUGGGCGCAGCUGCUUGCUUCGUUCUCAACGGAGGAGCCCUUGGGCAAAAGAUGAUACUCAUGGAUAAUUUCGAUCCCGCCCAAGUGGAAGGCACUUGGUACACUGUCGAGAGGACCGGCGCUCUCUACAACGACUCGGCGAGCUGCACCAAGUACGACGUAAAACACGAGAACGGCAGGAUUUAUGAGGUGGUACUCAACUACAAGGACAAGUCGAAUGCGAUAGUAAAGAAUGCCUUUCGUGUGGUGGAAGAUUCCGACCACCCGGCCCAGUUCUUUUUCGCGGAUAAAGACGACCAGAAAGUUGCAGUGCGGUUUCUGGGGUCCGACUACAAGAACUGGAAUGUCUGCUUCGGCUACGUCUACGGAAACAUACCUGUGUACGGCAUCGGUUCUAGAACGCCUGUGCUGGAUCCCAAGUACUUGGAGGAGGCCAUGGCCGUACUGAAGAAAAACGACAUCGCAACUACCGAAAAAUGCACACCGCUGUAGAAAGCGCAAGCGAACGAAAGCAUUAAAAGUGUUAUGUACUAAGCA